GGUCCGGCUGCUCUCGGGGAUGCUCUUCCAAGGAGACUGUGACUGCUGGAUGAACUGCAAGGAGAUUGGAACUGCUAGAUGAGCUGCAGUGUUUUGGACUGGCCGAAGGCUACACCUAGUGGUGCUCAGAGCUUACCCCUGAUUUUGCACUCAGGGAUCUUCUGGUGAUGCUCAAGGAACCAUAUGGGAUUCCAGGAUCGAACCCAGAUGGGCCAUGUGCAAGGGGAUACUAGAUUGAUUAUGACAGCUCAAGAUCUUCCUCAGGAAGAAAUUUCUAGUCACAAGACAAUGGAAGGAUUUAAGGGAGAGAGUUUACAUUUCUCCAUUCUAGGUGAGAACUGGGAAUCUAAGAACCAGGAGGGACCUUUGAAGCAAUCAGCUUUAAGUCAGGAGAAAUCAGGGACUCAGAAAGCCAUUUGUGAAUAUCCUGGAUUUGGGAAGCAUUUUAUUGCAAGCUCAGACCUUGCAACAAAUGGUUUCCAUAUAUAUAACUCAGAUGUCAAAAGUUUGGAUUGUGACCCAGUCUUGCACAAUUGUCAGAAAAGUUACAUAUCUAAGAGAUCUGGUGAUAAUGACAACUCUGGAAAAUCCUUCAGCUAUUCUAUGGGAGUUAAUCAACUUGGAAGAAAUCAAAUGAGAGAGAAAUGUUGUAAAUACACGGAAAGUGUUGAAUCUUUCAAACAUUUUGCCCCUCUUAGUGAGCAAAAAACAAUUAAAGGAGGGAGGAGACUGUAUAAAGAUAAGGAUUUUGGGAAUAUCUUUAGCCUUAGUUCGUCUCUUAAUGAAAAUAGGAGGAGUCACUCUGGAGAGAAAUUACACAAGUGUACUGAAUGUGGCAAGUGUUUCAAAAGGAAUUCUUCCCUUACUUUGCACCGCCGAACUCAUACCGGAGAGAAACCUUAUACCUGUACUGAGUGUGGAAAAUCCUUCUCCAAGAACUACAACCUGGUUGUACAUCAAAGAAUUCAUACAGGAGAGAAGCCCUAUAAAUGCAGUAAAUGUGAGAAAGCCUUUAGUGAUGGGUCUGCUCUGACACAGCACCAGAGAAUUCACACUGGGGAGAAACCUUAUGAAUGUCUAGAAUGUGGCAAAUCCUUUAACCGAAAUUCAUCCCUGAUUUUGCAUCAAAGAACUCACACAGGGGAAAAACCAUAUAGAUGUAAUGAGUGUGGGAAACCUUUCACUGACAUAUCUCACCUCACGGUGCAUCUCAGGAUCCACACUGGGGAGAAACCUUAUGAAUGUAGCAAAUGUGGCAAAGCUUUUCGAGAUGGUUCAUAUCUCACCCAGCAUGAGAGAACUCACACUGGAGAAAAGCCCUUUGAAUGUGUAGAGUGCGGUAAAUCCUUCAACCGUAACUCUCACCUCAUUGUGCAUCAAAAAAUCCAUUCUGGAGAGAAACCCUAUGAGUGCAAGGAAUGCGGGAAAACUUUUAUUGAGAGUGCUUACCUUAUCAGGCACCAGAGAAUUCAUACUGGUGAGAAGCCCUAUGGUUGUGACCAGUGUCAGAAGCUUUUUAGAAAUAUUGCUGGCCUCAUCCGACACCAGAGAACUCACACUGGUGAGAAGCCUUAUGAGUGUAAUCAAUGUGGCAAAGCUUUCAGAGACAGCUCCUGUCUAACCAAGCACCAGAGAAUUCACAUCAAGGAGACCCUUUACCGAUGUUCAGAAUGCGGCAAAUCCUUCAAGCAGAACUCUCAUCUGGCAGUUCAUCAGACACUGCAUAGCAGGGAAGGUUCCAGCCACUGUCUGCAGUGCGGAAAAACAUUCCAAAGGAAUUCAUCCCUCAUCCGACACCAAAGAGCACACCCUAGCGAACAAAGCACAGAAACAUAAUGAAUGUGCAUCAUACUCAGUUCUUGUCUGGCUCUCCUUAAAAAUAAUGUCUUCAGAAUGACUUCUCCAGUCGGGAGAAAAGUCCAUUUGGUAACUCCUGCAGAAAAUGUAGGUGGUAAUAAAUGUGAGGGAAAAACACUAGGGAUAAUUCCGUCUAUAGCAAAAAUAAUAGCAUGCACACUGGAUUAAACUUGUGAAUGUCAGAAGAAAUUUUCCCUGAGAUACCCACCUAUUCUUAUAACAGAAUGUUUAAAAACUGUAAUGUUUUUUGAUUGCUACGUAAUUUAUAUGAGAAUUCUUUAAUAGUUGUAUUUACCUUUUUGUACCUGAGCAAACUCUUAAUAGGAUCAAGUUAAAUCUCUGAGGGAACCAUUCUGCAGGAACUCUUACUCUCAUUUCUAUAGCAGAGCUAUUCUGGUAAAAGAUUCCACACUAUACAGCAACGAGAGAAUUAGAAAUUUUGCUCUUUGAAUGUGUUGUUGACCUUUUAGAUGCUGGGGAUAUAUUUCAGUUUUUUUUAAAGUUGAGUCACAGUGAUAUCCACAUUUUCAAAG